ACUCCCUAUUACAGUCCCUAAAUCGCAGGCAGCCUAAAACCCCAAACUGCCAUUUUUGUUGCAGAAACCAAUAGUUAAACGAUGCAGAGAUUGUGCAGCAAGCUCCGGAGUUUGGCUCUUCGAUCAACCCAAACUCUUCCCUCUCUCUCCGCUUCUCGUCGCUUUCUCCAUCAUUUGUCUCCUCCAAUCCCUUUGAUUUCAACGAAAUGGAGCUUCAACUCCCUCCUCAAUAACAAUGCCGCAUCGCCUCCCCUCGCCGUCAACUCAUUCCGUUAUUCUCCACUGCCUCUCUCCGUGGUACAAGUCCGGCAUGUUUCGUCGAGAGAGCGAGCCAAGAGGAGGAAGCCUAUGACUCCUCGUACUUCCAAAAUCAAGAAAAUUAAGAUGAAAUCUUAUUCGUCCUAUAAGUCCAGAUUUAGGGUGAUGAGUGAUGGGAGUAUUCGUCGCUGGAGGGAAGGCAAAAAUCAUAAUGCACACUUGAAGUCCAAAAAAUCAAGACGGCGACUAAGAAAACCUGCUAUAGUACCAGCCGCAUAUGCGAAGCUUGUUGUGGAGGGGAUUGUUUCAUUUUGAAUUGAUGUUGAUACCAUAGGUACUAGUAACUUAGAGAAGGUCAGCAGCAUAUGAUCUGACAUUGCCAUGUACGCAGGCUUCCUGGUGUAACACACCGCGAAUGCUCCAAGUAAAACAUUGAUUUUUCUUCUCUCUCUCGA